CUGCGCAUGCGUGAAAUGGCGUCUUCCCAUUUGCGGAAGAGCCGAAGAUAAACAAAGCUGUGCAGCGUCCGCGGCAAAAGCUGAGAAACACCCUGCUAGAGUUGGGAUUAUAUUUGAAGACAUUGUUCUGUGUGUUAUGCUUUAACCGUUUAAUUGUUUUUAUCUUCAUUGUCCUGUAGAGAGCGCCUUUGGCUGACAGAAGAGUCUCCAUCUACUAGUUCUCUGUAGCUGUCAGCCCGCUUGCGUCAUCGUGUGUUUUCUUUUUUCAUCUGACAGCGCUAAACACCGAGACGACCAAUGAGUCAGCGGCUGAUCGGGUUUAUUUUUAUCAAACGGAGCUAUAUAUAUACAUAGACCCAUAACGGCCCCGGGAAGCGUUUUUAGGGAGGACGGAGGCUUUUAUUUAUUCCUUUAUCCAGAUAAACCGAGCCAGCCAUGGCAGUCCCCGCGGCUGCGGUUCCGCUGAGCCCGGCCAGCCCGGUUCUGCUGGAGCACGACCUGCCGGAGAGCGGCUCCGAUCUGGGGAUGAUCUCCCCCAACGGUGACAUUGACAGUCUGCCUUUACACUCUCCCUGGACCUUCUGGCUGGACAGAUCUCAACCAGGAACAACAGCAGCUGAAUGUGAGUCAAACCUGAAGAAAAUCUACACUGUGCAGUCUGUCCAGAACUUUUGGAGAGUUUACAACAACAUACCCAGUGUCUCCAGCUUGCCUCUGAGAUGUAGCUAUCAUCUGAUGAGAGGAGAAAGAAAGCCCCUCUGGGAAGAAGAAAGCAAUGCUAAGGGCGGCGUUUGGAAAAUGAAAGUACCCAAAGAGUGCACCGCUUCUGUGUGGAAGGAGCUGCUGUUGGCUACUAUUGGAGAACAGUUCAGCGAUUACUGUGCCUCAGAGGAUGAAGUGGUCGGCGUCAGCGUCAGUGUGAGAGACAGAGAAGAUAUAUUUCAGGUCUGGAAUGGAAAUGCUUCCUGUGCCAAUGAGUCAAAUGUCUUGGGGAAGAUCAAUGAGCUUCUUCCACAGAUUCCUUUCAAAGCUGUGUUUUAUAAACCCCAUGAGGAGCACCAUGCUUUUGAAGGAGGUCGAUCAAGACAUUAGCACAUUCUGCACAUCAGACCUUUUGGUAUACAAUUACUUUCUCUGCUGAUAAAGGUGAUUUGGACCAUAAUAUUCGGGCAAAACAAUUCAGUCGUUCAUGUGAAGUACCUCAAUCUAGCCCAAGUAUUAUGAAUCAGUCAAUGAACCAUUAGUUUUGUUAGAACUACUGACAUUCGUAACAGAGUACUAUUUUAGUCAAAAUCAUUUUAGUCCAAUCUAAACUAUGAUUCUGUUUGUAUGUUUUUAUACUAGAAUGUUUUUCAAAACCAAAAUGAUGAGAUCUUUGCAAACAGUUAAUGCAUUCGUGCAUAGAUUGUGCACUUUAAUGAGCACAAAUUACUGAGUUAAAUCUCAUUUUUGAAUUUAAAGGACAGCCUUUUGCAGACCUUCAUCCUUAAAAUACAACGUUUUUUUCAGGUCAGCUUUUUAUUUUGUUACAGAAAAAAUAUUGUUGUGUAGACUUGAAUAACGCCAAUCUUUAGUAAUAAUGUCCGGCAAGUAUUUUAGCUGAAUAUUGCACUUUUUUAUUUUUCUUGUAGGAUACGAGUGGAAAGAGAGUUUGUUUUUGUUACAAUGAAUCAACCUCAGUGCCCUAAGCGCCUUUAGUAAAUCUUUAGAAAUGCAUGAUUUUUGUAUUUGUAUUCUAUACAGUGUUGUGUGUGUGUGUGUGUGUGUGUGUGAGUGAGUGAGAAAUCUUAUAGCCGCUCCAGGAUUAUUUGGAUUGGAGCUGUGAGACCAAACACACUUUGGUUUUGUGUCACUUUUUUUGAAAAAGUGCUUAUGUCCAUGUCCUUUUGUCCAUGUGUGUUAUUUAUGUGCUGUUUUCCUGAUUUUGUUAUUAAUUGUAAUUAGAAAACUCAACACUAAAGUGUUUUUCUGUUUCAAAUUUGACUUUUCUUUUUUUUUGUAACUUAAAAAUGUUAGAUGUGGCCACUGAUAUACAUCUAUAUAUAUGCUACAUCAGACCUGUGUUAAUUUCUCCCAGUCAUAGCUUGUAAUGUAUGUGCGUGUGUGUUGUGUAUUUUAAGUGUUCUUAUUAUUGUCCAUCAUGUUCAUGUUUGGGAACUGUCAAAACCCAGGUUAGUUCAUCCCACUAAACAGCCUUUCCUGUGUAUUUGUGUAUAAAUGUCUCCACGGAAGGGCUUUUUUCAGUGUAGCAGUUCUCCUUUGUUGUGACGUUUGAGCCCAUUCUUGCAGUCACGGAGUUCUGAUUGAAACCAUCAGAGUGCUGCUUUCAUUUAUCCAUCAAAUCAAAUGUUGACAUAUUCUCUGAUGGCUGGGUGUAGUAGCUCACCUAAAACCACCAACAGUGACAGGAGCAAUUAUGUUUCAAACCACAGACUUUGCCAAACAUGCUUAAUUUUUCCGUGGGUUGUUUAGUUGGUCAUAUACUAUAAAUACUGUUAUUAAUGUUCCCGUAAACAUACACUGCUAAUGGCUCAGUUCACAUCUAAGACCUUGUAGCUGAUUGUUGAUCUUGGAUUGUGCCUUGCAUUUAUCAGCUGUUUACAAUGUUAAAGUCCUUUGUGUCCAGCAUGCUGACAUUGUGCACAUGUUCCUAUUAGAUUUCCAAUUCAUGAAAAUAAAGACUUUUAAACUUCCAUAAUUCUUUUGCUUGCAGUAUGCACAAUCACUAGGUCAUCAAUAUUUAAUGAUUGAAAAAACGAAACACUGCUCUUGCCUUUAGUAUCAUCAUCAGCAUGUUCAUUUUAAAGAUCAAACUUUACACAAGGAACAUGCUCGUAUUUAAUUUUCAUGUAAACAAAAUAUUUGCUUUGAAAUGUACCCUAGAUAUUUAAAUACUAUGUAUCGAUAUCCUGAAUGUUGACAUUUCAUGUCCAAAACUGACACAGCAACAGUCAUGCCUUUAUAUAGGACACUACAUGUUUAAGUCUUGCAUAAUUUCCAACUCUUGCAGAAGAUUGUUGCCUCUGUAUUUAAUUCACAGUCAUUUUUAAUCUUGAUUUCUUAAUACAGCCCUGUAUCUG